AAACGACGGAGGGUACCUGAAGGCAGCACUGCCCCUGGACGGUCCAGUCGGUUGACAUGUUCCUUACGGAUAAACAAAUGCAUGGUUCCAAGGAUCUUUUGGAGCGAACUGUGUCACUUGUGCACAUAGUUUGAAUGUCGACGAAUUUCUCCAAAGCCAAGUAACGUAUCCGCUAUGAGUGUCGUGCUGUGACAACUGCAUGCUGCAUGUCUCACAUAAAGUGUCCAUCACCCACCUCUUUAAAGAUAUGCCUAUGAAUGCUGUGCCGUGACAUAAUGAGAAAAGGCGGCGAUAACCCUCUGCUAUUAUCAUCCAAGAAACCUUACCACGGCCAGACAAACUAUGGACCGCAGCUAGAAACUGCACAUGCUGUCUUGGAAGUGGAGGAUGAAGAGAUAAGGCACCUACAGGAGGUGACUUCCAGACGUGCAUGGCGAAAAAGUAAGAUUGAGGCCAAGAGCUCCGCACGCAAAACGCGAUUGAAUCUGGAGCAGCUGCUGCUGAUGCUGUCUGGGAAGAUAAAUAGUGAGCAGGGAGUCUAUAAAUUGCAUAGGCAGGAAUUGGAGCUGGAAAAAGCCAUCAUCCUCUGCCACCUGCUGGAAACCCACCAAGAUUUUAUACACAAAAGACACAUUGCAAGACAAUUAACCCAAGAUGGUGGGAGCUUCCAUGUAAAUCAAUCUAGGACCUCCAAAAUUGACCCUUGUUUAUCCAAGAAGAACAGCAAACUGGACCACCCGGUACAGCGGGAAGCAAGCAGUGACUUGUGUUUAGAUGACACCACCAGUGGAGCAGUGGACACCUGUUGGAGCAGUGCUCUAAAAAUUCAGCACCCUCCAAACACUCCUUGUGCACAUUGCAACGACCAGGCCCCCGACUACACACAGUCAACUGGUGCAAAUGAGUCCCCUCCCUCCAAAUGCAUGGACAGAAACAUGGAGAAUGGUGCAGACUACCGCUUUCUGGUACGUCAGAACUUUGAACUAUUGCGAGCGUUGGACGAACUUAAGAAGACAUGCAGCAUACUGAGGGAGGAAAAUUGCCUGUUGCGGAAGAGCAGUGCUCCAGAAACGGAGGAGAAGGUCCGACGCUUGAGGAGGAAGAACACGGAACUGGCAGUGCUUGCCAAAAGACUGGAGGAGAGGGCGCGCAAAUUGCAGGAGGCUAACCUCAAAAUGGUGAGCGCUCCAGCGCUGAUAAGGCCCGGAUCAGUGGAACAUUACAAGAGGGCAUUUGCACGACAGCGAGCACGUGACCUGGCCCAGCACGCCGACGCACUCUUGUGCAAGGAGAAGGAGAUUGCCGCGCUGCAGCAGAACUUCAGGGAACUGGAAGCACAACUUGGCACUGCUAACGGUUCUCCCGUCCCAUCAGUCAGAGUGGAAUUUGAGAAACUGCUCAGGGAGUCUCAGAGAGAAGUUCUCCGGCUUCAAAGGCAACUGGCCGUCACCUCAACCACCCAGCACCAAAACCAAAAUCCCGAUCCUGGUGGCCCAGAGAAGUGUGAGACACCUGCUCAGAUGGUGGAUGAGGAAGGGAAGGUUGUAGGAGAGACCCCGCCGCGUGUGCCGUUAGAUGAAUCUCCAUCUAGGUGUGAGAAGACUCCCGGAGAGGAGGAGGAGGAGUCGGGGCUGCCAGUGACGCCCCCGCACCCGGGCCUCAGCCCGACUCCCCCCCAGGAGGAGAAAAAUUCCCAGAAGCAUCUUCACUAUCUAGAGAGCGAGCUGACAAAGAAGAGAAAAGAAUGUGAAAAUCUUGAGCAUGAAGCAAAGAAGCGGCAGAAGAAAUGCCUGGAUUUGGAGAGCCAGCUUGAGGAUGAGCAGGGCAAAAAUGAGAAGCUAGAGGAGGAGGCACAUCUCCUCAGGAGGAAGGCGCAGCUGCUCGACCAGACUCGAGUUGACAAUGACGAUUUGAAGGAAGAACUCUCCAAAGUGAGCGCUCAACACAAUUCAGUUCUCGAGGAGAACCAGAGACUCUGUGCCAAACUGGAGAACCUAGAGCAGGUCCUAAAGCAUAUGCGAGAGGUCGCUGAGCGAAGGCAGCAGUUGGAAUUGGAACAUGAGCAGGCUCUGGCUAUCCUUAAGUUCAAGCAGGAUGAAAUCAAACGCUUACAGCGAGCUCAGUUAUUUGCCAAGAGGGAGCAUGAAGGAGUGGUCCAGAUGUUGGAGGAGUUGGUUGAGCUGGUGUUGCGGAGGGAGCUGUCAAAGGUGCGAGAUCUGGAGGAGAAGUGUCGCAGCCAGAGUGAACAGUUUGGCUUGUUGUCCCGAGAGUUGGAGAAGUUUCGACUGCAGGCCUCAAAGUCGGACCUGGCCGGCGCCGCCCUUCUCAACCACCCCGGCCUCUCUGUUCUGACAAAUGGAGUGGGCCUUUCUACAGAUCGAGACUGCACAGAUGGCUCAUGGGAUAUGGAGUCUCUGAGCGAAAUAGCCUUCUGGAGUCUCGAGGGAGGUGACACUCCCUCCUGCCCCGAGGGUAACGAUGUGGCUGCGGCACUUCGCAGCAUGGGGAGCACCCCGCACGCCGCCGGGCUGUCCAGAGCGGAACGCUCGCCGCUCACCAAGCAUCGAGAGCUUCCCACCAUCAGUGUCAGCAAGUCGGCCAACUCCUCCAGCAAGUCUGAGACUGCAAACCUCACCCCGAAGUCUGAGGGCCACCUUAGUCCGCACAAAUCGAGCCCAACACACGAGGUCGACACAGCCAGUGAGGUGGAGGAGCUGGAUGUGGACCUGGCCCCUGCACCUUACGCUGCCAGCAGAGGCGCAUCAAAGCUGCAGGUUUUUAUUGCACGAUACAGCUAUAAUCCUUACGAUGGGCCCAAUGACAACCCCGAAAUGGAGCUACCACUCACUGCAGGAGAAUACAUCUAUGUGUACGGAGGCAUGGAUGAUGACGGCUUCUAUGAAGGCGAGUUGGUAGACGGAAGGAGAGGGCUGGUCCCCUCCAAUUUCGUGGAACCCGUGUCAGAUGACGACGUCAUGGGUACGGAUCCGCCAGAGACUAUUGAGCUAAGCCACAACAGCAGUUUGCACAGUGCCAGCCACCAGCAUCACCUCCACGCAAGUGUCCGCGCCUCCGAUAGAAGCGAGCUCUCUUCCGUCUGCGGCCCCGCCUCCGCCUCUUCCAAUUCGGCCUUGGCUGUCUCAGCCCCCCUCACCAAUGGCCUGGACUUGGAUUUGGAGGAGGUGGGAGCGGACACUGUGCCUUACCCACGUAAGCUCACCCUCAUCAAGCAGCUCGCCAAGAGCAUCAUCAUCAGCUGGGACCCUCCGUCGGUGCCGGCCGGGUGGGGCAACGUGUGGAGUUACAACGUCUACGUGGACCAGGAGCUCCGGCUCAACGUGCCCUUCGGCGCCCAGACCAAGGCGGUGCUGGAGAGACUGGACAUCAACCUCAAGGCUUACCGCGUGUCCGUGCAAAGCCUGACGGAAAAGGGACUUUCGGACCAGCUGCGCUGCAGCAUGCUCAUCGGCAGGGACGUUUGCGUGGCCCCGACGCAGCUGCGCGUGGACCGGCUCACGGCUACGUCCGCCAACCUGUCGUGGCUUCCCAGCAACAGCAACUACGUGCACAUUGUGUUCUUGAAUGAGGAGGAGUGCGAGCUGGUCAAGGCUGGCUGCUAUUCGCUGUGCCUCAAUAACCUCUUACCCAGCCUGCGGUACAGCGUCAAAGUGGAGGCGCGGCCGCACCGCACGCCUUGGGAGUUACCCGUGGAGCGACGUCAACGCACAAGUGCCACCAUCAACUUCAGCACGCUAAUGGCAGUUUCAUGCCCGCAGUCUGGGAACGCAGGCCCCCCUGACGCUCCAUUAGAUGUACAGUUGGAGCACGGUCCUUCACCAGGUAUCGCUCUCAUCAGCUGGCUGCCCGUCACCAUUGAUUGUGCCGGGACCUCCAACGGAGUCCGUGUCACUGGAUACACCAUAUAUGCAGAUAAGAAGAAGGUGCUGGAGGUGUCUUCUCCAACAGCCGGCAGCGCUCUGCUGGGACCCUCCCAGAUCCAGUCCCUACAGGCAGCUCAGGAGCUCACUGUUCGCACCAUGUCAGCACACGGGGAAUCUUGUGACUCUUUCCCAGUCAACGUGCCGUCCAAAAUGGCCGCCAUUAUGGCCGGUUCGCUCGCGAGCGCCCCGGUGGCGCCGCCCCACGCCUGCGAGCCCGUCGGAACCACAAACCUGCCCCCGUUAUUGUCUUUGGGAAAGUCCGCUGCCAAUGCCUCCCCAGUCUGCCCGUCACCUCCGAACAGAGACAUUUCUAGCCUCACAGCGGAGGCCGCUGCCAACUCUCCCCAAGUCCCACACUCACCAGCCUCAUUUGUAAAGGCCUGGGCCGACCCCACGUCCGCACCCGAGGCCACGUCGCCCGUUACGUCGCUCGUCACCCCAGUGCAGAUGACGUGCCCUGCUUGGUCGGCUCCCCAAGCGCCUCCUGUAAUGGCGGUCGCACAAACACCAGAGGCGCCACCGCCGGCGGCGACCACGUCGGAUCAACGCAGAGAUGCCGAUAGCCCCGGAACGAUACGUCCCUUCCCAUCCAUUACAGAUUUCAUCGAAGAUCCCUGUGCCAAACUGGAAGCGCCGGAGCGCGUCCCCACACCGCCCGAAGCCCCAAUCACAGACCUCCUUAACCCUUCGGACACUUUAAUCCUUCGACCCCCGAGUACUUCACCGCUGGACUCUGAGGUUGAGGAGGAACAAGAGAACAAACGCUUAGUGUCAAUUGAGGAGUUUUUGAGACAAGACAAGGACCCAGCGUACACAAAGGGACAACAGAGCUUUGGCACAGAGCCACCCAAUGACUACCUGGCUGACAAUAGCCGCUCAGACCUGUCUGACAUCCUAGAAGAGGAAGAAGAAGUUUACUCCGACCACCUGGCGGAAGCGCCCAACAGGGGAUACACAAUUACAGCUGGCAGAGUAACCAAAUCGGAGCCUUCAGACAGUGAUGAAGAUGUUCUUGAGAGGAUCCUUAAGUUGCCCCUUCAGCCGUACCACGACAAGCAGCUGUUUAAUAUUCCCGAGGUGACAGAGGAAGAAGACGGCCCUUCACGUCAUCACAUACAGAUUCAACAGAGGCCCGGCCACCUUCAACCCAGAGGCUUCCUUCGUCAGUAUCACCACCAUCCACAGCAGCACCACUUCAACGUGGAUCCCGGAUCCCUCACUAAAGAGCCUUUAACGAAGCAAGUCAAACCCAAGACGCAGCACAGAGUUCACUAUUCGGAUGCAGCCGACGCUGUCGGUUAUGCCGAAGAAAAAGAAGUGCGUGGAUGUGAAGGUCCGGCCACCAGGCGAGGUCCCGUCCGCUGUCCUGCCCCCAACAAAGACAGAGUACUACUUCGAGGGUUAGGGGACCGCCUUAGGAGGGAGGCCAUGCUCCGGAGUCAGAAGGCUGCAACGGCGGCAGCGUCUAACUCGGGCCAUGACCCUACCCCGCCGCCAAGAACCUACCCAGUAAGCAAAACAGUACGCACCGUCAAAUCACCAAUUGGGCGUCGGAUGGAGAUUGACGUGGACUAUGGGACGGAUGACAAUGAGGAAGCAGAUGCCACAGGGGAAGUGGUGCUAGAACAGAUGAGCUCAGAGUGGUGGAUCGAAAGCGCUCCAGUGGAGCACAGAGGACCUUCCUACCGCCAAGGAAGAAAGACCUUGGAGCCCAGUCAACUAACAAGAUUGGAGGCGGGUCCAUCAUGGGGGCCGGACUCCAAAUCAGUGGCUUUGCAAAGCCAGCAGCCGAAAGGUUCUUUUGACUCAGCCAAGAAAAAAGGAGAUCCCAGCCAAUUGCGCAUCUUUGUGGCCCUCUUCCCUUAUGAGCCUGCCACCAUGUCACCUAACCCGGACGCCGCUGAGGAAGAGCUGCCUUUUCGAGAAGGACAGAUUAUCACAGUUUACGGUGAUAAAGAUUCAGACGGGUUCUACCGAGGAGAGUCCGCUGGUCGUUCGGGCUACGUGCCUUGCAACAUGGUGUCCGAGAUCCAGGUGGAGGAUGAAGAAACCCGGCAGCAGCUUCUGCAGCAGGGCUUCUUAUCAACCCCAGCGCCCGUAGAGAAGAUAGGCACUCGCACACAUGCACAGCUCCCACGUCGCCCUGUUCCACCGGCCAAACCGAGACGAUCCAAGAAAGUGGAGUCUGCAACACUCUGGGAGGAGAGUGUAGACUCCUCCAGUCAAGAUGCAAGGAGCCAGGCAGCUGCUGCACCAGCAGCAAACUCCGCCCCAGGAUCUCGCCGGAUGGUGGCCAUCUUUGAUUACGAUCCGCGGGAGAGCUCACCCAACACCGAUAUCGAGGCCGAGUUGACCUUCAGCGCUGGAGACAUCAUCCAUGUGAUUGGGGAUAUGGAUGAAGAUGGCUUCUUCUAUGGUGACUUGAAUGGACAACGUGGCUUGGUGCCGUCCAAUUUCCUGCAAGCUUUAGCAGAAGAUGCUGCAGCCGAGCAUGCCUCCGCUCAGCCUGCACCAGAACACAAGAAAGAAUCACAGGGAAGCUCCUCUAUAGAUCAACAAGAUCCCAGGCCCUCAACAAACCACGAUACUUUCAUCCCUCAAGAAGAACCUCCAUGCCCCCAGCCAACAGAAGACUCAGAACCACUGGCCGUAAGCAGCACAUUAGAACCGGACCCCGCCUCUCCUCCAGCCCCUCACCCAGCGCUGGCCGAUUGCUCUGCAGCAGGCAAAAAGAAGAAAGGCUUCUUCUCCAAAGGCAAGAAACUGUUCAAAAGGUUUGGAUCCAGCAAGAAAGAAUGAAAGGCAGGACCUGAUACUUGAUACCAUUUUUUAUUUUUUGAAGCACUUUCUUUCUCUUCCCGAUUCAGUCAGUGGCAAUCACAGCUGGUAACCUUCAGUCAUUUAUUCAAUUUAACCAAUAAGUACAUUUGCCUUAGAAAACUGCUAGACAAGCUUGGAAUGAAAUGUGCAAUCUCGCUACUCCAGCAAUAGCUAAUUAUCAAAGCACCAGCAGCAGCUCCUUCUGUAGUUGUCGCAAUAGAAACUGAAAGGUGUGGCGUCGCUCCACGACAGAAGGCCUCAUGGAGCUUUGACUAAACGAAAGCUAACUUGUAGAAGCAGCAGCAGUCUUCCUCAUCUGUUGGAUGAUUAUUCACACAUUCAUUUUAUCCCUAAUGUGUUUCCGAUGUUUGUCAUAAUGAUUAUGUUCUGUAUCGUAGACUCGCUGGAGUGUGCAUGCAGUCGUUGAGUGGCACUAAAGACGGGGAUGUGUGUGUUUGCGCUGUGUGUGUAAGCGUGCGUGCGCGCUAUCCAAAGCAAAUGCCUUUUUCCGAUAUUAGCACCGGAGCUCUCGAAUUUGUCGCCACCGGCCUAAUCGAUGCAUCCAAGCUAGCUUUGUAAAAAGAGCUUUUGAAUUGAACAACUGCAAUAAUAACGUUUAUUUCGAUGCCCUCCUGAUAUUUUUUUCACGGUUGUGGAUAGUGUGCAGAAAGAGUGACAUCUCCAUGUGGAAAAUGCCAAAAUCUUGAGGUGCUUUUCCUGUUUGAAAACGCUGCAAAGAACUUCUUCGAGCUUGCAGCCAUUUUUAACCUGGAACUGUUACAAGCUAACUACUUAAGUAAUUAGUCAUUGUUAGUCAGAGAGAGCGGAGUCAAUGGGGGUGGGAAAUUUGAAAACGAGCCAGCACGUAGGUAAGGCUGAGACCGCAAUUAACCAUCUCCACCCCCUUUUUUUUUUUUUUUUUUAGAGGCCAGAAGUUGUCGGAGUGUACAAAAACUCUUUGUGUUGUUCGAUUGUAUUUACGGCCUUGAAUGCACAAGUAUUACGUAACUCUACCUGCUGUUUAGUAAGUAGACUGCAAAUGUAGUAAACAGUAUUUAGCCUUACAAGAUGAUAUUGUUUAGUCUUCAUAUGUUGUUGUUUACAGCAUAUUUAUUGAUUGCAUGAAUACCAAUAUUAUGCCCAUAUUAUGCCUUAUUUAUUCAUUUCAUAUUUAUAUUUUCUGUCUGACAAUUUGAGGUGGAGAUUGUCCAAAUGCAGUGAAAAGAUCGUUGUAUAUAUAAGGAACAGUGUUUGGAUCCGUUUUCCUGUAUUUAUAUUGUAAAAACCUUUUUAUAUGGCAUAAAAAUGUUUUUAUUACCGAUUCGCAAGCUCAUCUGUAAAUAUUUUUUGCAUGUCCAUGCGGCGUCCAUGCGGUAAAGGCUUAGUAUGCAAAAGAAUUGAAAGGUGGGUCUUUUGAUACAAAAGAAAGUGUCUAUUUUCACAUUAAACAAAAAGUGCAUUGAGCAUGUGAAUUUCUCUGUUUUGUGCAAGAAUGGAAGCAAAGUAGGUCAUCACUUCUUUAUUUCAAACUUAAGACAUUUCACUUUAGGUACAUACAAUGUUUUUUUCUUUUCUAGAAAUGGAGGAAAGAGUUUGCAGGCUUUGCUCCGAGCCACACGGCACCCAUGUGAACUAGCACAAACCACACUCUGGGUAACGUGGAGCCUCGCGAGACAUACUAAGCCGCUUCCUCUUUUUUUUUUUUUUUUUGACUUCCGGAGAGAGGCCGCACUGUCCCCGAAGC